UUCCAGAAAGAAGAUAAUUCUUUGAUAAAAAGUGUAUAUAUAUACAUAUUUAUCCAUUCAUCGACGCGGGCGCCGGAUUCUUCUAGAAAUAAAUUGCCAGAGUGACAAGUAAAAAUGCAACGCGCGAGACAGAUAUUAACCCGGAUGAGACGGCAAAGUCCAUUCUCGCGAGCGCGUUCCUAUUCAUUUUCGUUUCCGAGGAAAAAGAGCGCGCGCCGACUCUCGUUCUAUACCGCGUAAGUAGGUGUAUAUAGAUGAAUACAUAUCAUCGUCACACAUACACACAUACACCACGUCCCACGGCUCAUCAUCGAUUGCGCGCGAUCUGAUCGCUCGUAGAGUUUCUCCGCAGAUAGGCCGUCGCGAUCGUCGCGUUGGGUUUCGCUCCGUUCUCGUUUUCAGCCUCCUCGAAAACUAGUUGGCGACCACGAGCUGAGAGAGAGAGAGAAGUAAACGAAAUAGAGCGAGCGGGAGAGGGGGCCAGUGGGAUAGGAUCGAGUGGGCCAGUCAGUCGGACACUUAUCGGCCGCCAUCUUGCUGCCAGCGAGAACUGUGACAGACGGGCCUGUCUGCUCUCUGAGCGAGGUGAGAGAAAGAGAAAGAGAAAGAGAGAGAGAGAGACAGACAGACAGAGUGAGGGGGUAAGAGAAGAAAGAGAGAGACGGCGCGGUCCCUUCAUGCGGUACGGGCGCCCAUCCCGUCGUCGUCGUCGUCGCCUACGAACGAUCGCGGCCGAGAGUAGUUGAGGGCAGCUGAGGGUAGCCUAAGAGUAGUUGGAAGCAGCUAAGAAGAGUAGCCUAAGAGUAGCUGGAAGCAGCUGAUAGUAGCCUAAGAGCAAGUGGAGAGAAGAGGAGGAACAAUCGGUUGCACCGAUAAUAAAACUUUCGAGUGUUAAAUAUACGCACACACGCGUGCGUACGGUAUCGUCGUCGCCUCCUCGCUCGCGAUGGCAAUGGAGACGCCGAGGGAGCGAGAGAUCGCCGCCGAGGAUAGCAUCAAAGUGGUCUGCAGGUUCCGACCGCUCAAUGACUCCGAGGAGAAGGCCGGCUCUAAGUUCAUCGUCAAGUUCCCGGCCGGGGGUGACGAGAACUGCAUUUCCAUCGGGGGCAAAGUAUAUCUCUUCGAUAAAGUAUUCAAACCAAAUGCUACACAAGACAAAGUCUACAAUGAGGCGGCAAAGUCUAUCGUCACGGACGUUUUGGCAGGAUAUAAUGGAACCAUUUUCGCAUAUGGUCAAACAUCGUCAGGUAAAACGCACACGAUGGAGGGAGUCAUCGGCGAUCCUAACAAGCAGGGUAUUAUCCCGCGAAUCGUCAAUGACAUCUUCAAUCACAUCUAUGGCAUGGAGGAAAACUUGGAAUUCCAUAUUAAAGUAUCGUACUUUGAGAUUUACAUGGAUAAAAUCAGGGAUCUUCUCGAUGUAUCUAAGGUUAACUUAAGCGUACACGAAGACAAGAACCGGGUGCCGUUCGUGAAGGGCGCGACCGAACGUUUCGUUUCUAGUCCCGAGGAAGUGUUCGAGGUGAUAGAGGAGGGCAAGUCGAAUCGGCACAUAGCCGUGACCAACAUGAACGAGCACAGUUCGCGUUCCCAUUCCGUUUUCCUUAUAAAUGUCAAACAAGAAAAUCUGGAGAAUCAGAAGAAGCUCUCCGGCAAGUUAUAUCUCGUUGAUUUGGCCGGUUCGGAAAAGGUUUCUAAAACCGGUGCCGAAGGAACGGUACUUGACGAGGCAAAGAACAUCAACAAAUCCCUGUCUGCGCUGGGUAAUGUAAUCUCAGCCUUGGCUGACGGCAAUAAGACUCACAUUCCUUAUCGCGACUCUAAGCUAACAAGAAUCCUGCAAGAAUCGUUGGGUGGUAACGCUAGGACGACGAUCAUUAUCUGUUGCUCUCCCGCUAGCUUCAAUGAAUCGGAAACAAAGUCAACUUUAGAUUUCGGUAAACGUGCCAAGACAAUCAAGAACGUUGUAUGCGUGAACGAGGAAUUGACGGCCGAAGAAUGGAAACGUCGUUACGAGCGCGAGAAGGAAAAAGUGGCCAGAUGGAAGGGCAAGGUAGACAAAUUGGAAGUGGAACUGUCACGUUGGCGGCAGGGCGAGACAGUCAAGCCCGAGGAGCAAGUUAACCUAGUCGAAGCACCAGAUGUUACCACACCAAUCAAUGUCUCCGUCGAAGGCAAACUGGACGAUAGUCCGAUGCCUGCCACUCCCGGCGGCGGUCUCAUGAUUGGUUCUCUCUCGAACGAGGAGAGACAGAAGCUCGAAGAAGAACGCGAGAGGCUAUAUCAACAGUUAGAUGAUAAGGACGAAGAGAUCAAUCAGCAAUCGCAGUACGUCGAGAAGCUUAAGGAGCAGAUGGAUGAACAGGAGGAACUUAUCGCCAGCGCGAGGCGAGAUUACGAGCAGCUGCAACAGGAGAUGAAUCGAAUACAGCAGGAGAACGAGAGCGCUAAGGAGGAGGUGAAGGAGGUACUGCAAGCACUGGAAGAGCUCGCCGUCAAUUACGAUCAAAAAUCGCAAGAGGUCGAGCUGAAAAAUAAGGAACAGGAAUCCAUGGCGGAAGAGCUGCUGGCUAAACAAGUAGCUCUGAACAACACUGCGUCCGAGCUGCAACAGUUGCGCGACAUGUCAGCCCAUCAAAGGAAACGUAUCGCGGAGAUGUUAGCGAAUUUCUUGAAAGACUUGGGCGAAAUUGGAGUCGCAAUCGGUGGCGAAUCUAAUGAAAAUCUAAAAAUUGCUCCACCGGAGAGCAACGGUAAACUCGAAGAAGAGUUCACGGUGGCGCGGCUGUUUAUUAGCAAAAUGAAGUCCGAGGUGAAGAAUUUGGUGCAGCGAUGUCAGGGAUUGGAAAGCUUUCAAGUGGACUGUAACAAGAAAGUCUCCGAAUACGAGAAGGACUUGGCCGAAGGUCGGCUGUUGAUCUCGCAGCACGAGGCACGUAUGCAGACGCUGGCGGAAUCGAUGAAGGAGGCCGACGCACGCAAGCGGGCUCUGGAGGAGGACGUGGACGCGUUGCGCGAGGAGUGCGCCAAGCUGAAGGCCGCUGAACAGAUGCAAGCGGUCACCAACAAAGAGAAGGCCGAGGAGAAAGAGGCGGCGACAAAGUUGCGAGUGGCCCUGGAGGAGCAGAUGGACCAGUUGAGAGAUGCACAUCAAAAACAGGUCGCUGCCCUCCGAGACGAGUUGUCCCAGAAGCAGGAAUUGAUCAGCGAGCUCAAGGACCUGAAUCAGAAGUUUACCUUGGCGCACCAGCAGAUGCAGGCCGAUUACGAACGGUUGAAGCAAGAGGAGGCUAACAAGUCCGUCAAGCUCCAGGAACUUGUCCUGUUGAACGAGCGCCGAGAGCAAGCGAGAAAAGAUCUCAAGGGACUGGAGGACACGGUAGCCAAAGAACUGCAGACCUUGCACAAUCUGCGUAAAUUAUUCGUCCAAGAUCUGCAGACUAGAAUAAAGAAGACCAUUAGCGCCGAGGACAACGAGGACGACGGCGGUUCUCUCGCGCAAAAACAAAAGAUAUCCUUCUUGGAAAACAAUCUGGACCAACUGACGAAGGUGCACAAACAACUCGUCAGAGACAAUGCCGAUCUUCGCUGCGAGCUGCCUAAAUUGGAGAAGCGACUGCGAGCGACGAUGGAGCGUAUCAAGGCUUUAGAGACAGCGCUGCGCGACGCCAAGGAAGGCGCGAUGCGGGAUCGUAAGCGCUACCAGUACGAGGUGGACCGUAUUAAGGAGGCGGUCAGGCAAAAGAAUCUCGCGCGUCGUGGACCGAGCGCGCAGAUCGCGAAGCCGAUUCGUGCCGGUCAGCAUCAUUUGAGCAAUGUCAACGCCAUUAGGACUGGCAAUCGUGAUAUGGGUAACAGCGUACAGUGAUGAUCGUGAUCGCAUAAUGCCAAAAUACCCUUCACUUUUACAGAAAACGAAUGCAAGAACGCUUUCAUCGACGAAAACAAAAGAAUUCCAGCGGCUCUUAUGUAUAAUGGAUAUGCAUAAAUGUUACAAUUAUUAUUACUAUAUUAUAAAAAAAUAAGGGCAAUAGUACUAUAUUAUCCGCAAGGAGAGCACCGCCAGUUCUUUAAAUUUUUUUUUUAAUUUUUUUUUCUCGAAGCAAGCAUGUGCUUAGGUAUAUAUAAGAUAAGAGUGCAUUAAGUUACAUAUACAGAAUGUACGGUAAUAACUGUAGUGCAGGUAGAGCGAGUAGAAGUCCUCUACCAUUUUGCAGUUUUUUAAAAUUAAUUUCUCAUUAAUUAUUGCAAAAAUCGCAAAACCACGGAUGAGACUUUUCUACUCGGUUUCACCCGCUCUACUUGCACACGCGAGAUGACGCGGUUAUUACCGAACAUUUUGUAUAUACGCGAGCGCUGCAUGUCCUGUCGAUGUGUAAAUAGGUAAUUUUUAUAAAUUAUUUAAUUUAAAAUGUGUCACAUAUAUGCAUGACGAUGAUGAUGAUAAUGGUGAUUCGAUAAUAAAGCGAGUGUUUCUCAAUCUAACGAGUGCGCGAAGAAGUUUCUCUCGGAAUAUUUUUUACAUUGAUCAGUGUGUUUCUAUUUGCAUCGCUAUUUCUCUCUCGAAAAAAAGAGAAAAGAAAAGAAGAAAACGAAUACCGUUGAAGAAUCGUGUCCCAAUCCUCGUUAUCUUGAAAGAAGCAAAGAAUACUUAAGACGCCUUUAAUUCAGAAUCCACCUGAUUAAAAAGACGAUCGGACAUGCGGCUUCGAGAGCGAAUGUAAAUGUAAUUAUGGCUUACACACGAGUAUUGUCAUAAUCGUAAGAAGUCUUUCUCUCUCUCCCUCUUUUUCUCUUUCUCUCCGCAUAACUGAUAAGAAGGCUCUCUCGCCGGAGGGCACGCUUGACCAAGCAUGUCAAGCGUAGAAUUGCUUCUCCAGAGCGUUCCCGUUUCAGAGCCAGUAUGUAUAUGUGUAUGUAUGCAUGUGCGCGCGCGUUAUUAGAACGAGAGAAAUUUAUGAGGAACUUUUCGGAGGGACAGGAAGAAACUAAUCCAUCGUUUACUUCGCACUUUUUCGCCGACUAUUUCUAAUCUUGCAAAAGGCUCUUUUUUUCUUGCACUAAUGAUUAAAAGCGAUCUUUGCGAAACGCACAGUGUUGAGAGAAACCUUGGAAGUCCCUCUUCCCUUCAUCUCAUAUGCCCUGAAUUAUCCGAUUGCGAGAGAGCCAACCCUAAGGUUUACUUUAUUAUUACGUUUCUGAAGAAAGAAGAGAAAAAUAGCUCUCCCAUCGAAAAAUUUCACGCUCGUUUUUUUUUUAAACCUAAUUUAAUUCUCGCAUUAUCUUUUAUAUAUAUGUCCGGUUUACACGUAAAACUUAUGUCACUUGUAUAUCUGUUCUUCUCAAGGUUUCUAGAAUCGCACACGCGAUACUCUCGACAGUAUCGUUAAUCGAGAUAAGAUACAAAUUUGGCAUGGCCUCUUACGCAUACUCGUGCAUUUUUCUCUCUUACAUGACAUUUUACAAUCUUGCAUUCAUUAUCGCUCUUGAAAAGAUCCUCUCUUCAGAGAAGAAACGGAUAAUUUUUUUUAACUUUACGCAAAAGUUAUAUAUAUAUAUAUAUUUUUUUUUUUCGCCACAUACUUCCUGCUCCUGCCCCUCUCCCUCCCCCUCUUUAUCUUUCCUUAACUUUUGUGAUAUGUAACUGUAUCGAGAGCAAGGAGCUGCGUUUUUUCUUUUGCUAUAAUACAUAAGCGAGAAAAUAACCGACAACAAAGAGUGUGUGUGCGUGUGUGUGUGUGUGGUGCAUUGCGCGGGUGCAAUUAUCGUUGAACUAAAUAUUUUUGUGUCGGAUCUAUAUGUAAAUAUUAUACGAUAUAUUAUAUAUAUAUACAUAUAUAUAUAUGUAUGUAUCACGUGCAAACCGCGCUCUUGUAACACCGUUCACAUUAAUUUCGCGAUUAAACGAACAAGGCGGAGGCGGAAGGGAGCGUUUCUUAGUGCACGAUUGUAUUUAUCGCAGAUAUAAUAAUACACACUUAUAUAGUGUUAACAUCUCUUCUCUCUAAGGCGCGUCCUCUUUAGAUGCCUAACCGAUGAAUGUAUUUUCCCGAAUCGAGAGCUAAUGUAACGUGGUUCAUCGUGCUGUUUCCCCUCCCAUCUUUGUUUCUCUCACCUUUCCUCCGUCGUUAAGAAGAAUAAAAUUAAUUCUCGAUUCUCCCAAUUCUUCUGUCACUCAUUUCCUUUUUCUCUCGCUUAUAAGUCUGAAGAACUGAAAGAAUUUGUGUAAGAAUUGUGUAGAUAUCGCCGCCGAGAGAUUC